AUGGCCAAGAAAAUGGAGAGCGAUGACCGCAGGGUGCUGGGCCCCAUGCUUUUCUUGCUGCUGGUGAUGCCUCCUCCCCUGAGUGCAGGGAGCUCCUGGCCCAGAGUCCUGAGCUGGAGACGUUUAAAUCGCCACCUUGGCCAAGAACGGGAAGGCUUCAACCGGAGAGCCAGAUAUCACAGGAGCGAGCAAGACAAGUUCAGAUACUGCAAGGGCAAGUUUGACCUCUACUUUGUAGUGGACAGAUCAAACAACAUGAAAAACAGAUGGGAGGAAAUUUACAGCAUUGUGGAGAAAAUGGUGAAGAAGUACACAAACCCCAAGCUGAGGAUGUCCUUCAUCUCUUCAGAUGGCGAGACCCUCAUGGCGCCCACCUCAGACCGAAACGCAAUAAAGAAAGGUCUUGAGGAACUUCGAAAUGUAGAGCCUUUAGGAGAACUAGACAUGGGGCCUGGAUUUAAAAAGGUAAAUGAGCUAAUUCAACCCGUGCACAAGAAAGACAACCAAGCUGCCAGCCUCGUUAUCAGCAUGAUAGGGGGAUUGAUGGUGGAAGAGGCAGUCUUCGAAACUAGGAGAGAAGCUUACAAGGCUCGGAAUAUGGGGGCCAAGGUUUACAGCGUGGGUUUAGAAGACUAUAGCCGAAGGCAGCUGACACAUAUUGUGGAAGGUGAACACCAAAUAUAUGAAAAAGGCAACUACAACACCAUCGAUAGCUUGGUUAAUUCGCUUGUAGACAAUUCCUGUUUAGAUGUUAUGGGAGAGGACACUUACUUUGUUUGUGUAGGAGAAAGCUACAUUCUGGCUUUUUUUUCUUCUGUCCUAAAAGAACAAAACAUAAAUGACUAUGUUUGCAGAUAUAACGUGGACAACACCACACUCUACACACUAAAAGCCAUCAAUAUAACAAAAGUGAAACUACUAUGCCAAGGACACACAUUUGAGAAGGACCGACAGAUGGUCGUUGUCGAUUACAGCCUCAACAAUGGUGUCAAAUUCCAGGACCAAACUUUGAAAAUGACCAGUAGGAAAUGUUCUAGCCCACCACCUCCUCCACCGAUCAAGCCCACUGUCACCCGUCCGUACUUGGUUUUGCUCAUCCCGGCCAUGCUCAUGUUCCCCUUGCUCUUCUGUUGCAUCUGGCCGCUAUGCUUCAAGAAGACCGUCAAGGAGCCACCCCCAGUGCAGAAACCAGGAAAGGAGCCAGAGACACGUCCCAUACAGACAUGUCCCACGGUGAUUGUCCCUUGUUGUGGGUGCCAAGAAGACAGCAUGCAAAGAAUGGAGGAAAAACUGGACAUCUUGUGUGACUUUGUUCAAAACUACAACCAGGUGCCAUUGAUGUAUUGUCAGCUCUGGGACAAGGGCAGGUGCAUUGAUGUCACCCUAGUGAACCCCCACUGCAUACAAAUGCCCUAUGGCUCAAUGGCCUGCCUUGGACCCAGCCAGGACUACUUCCCCCUCAACAGCUGCUGCUCAUGGUGCCAACACCACCCUCAGAUAUGCUCCCAACUUCCCUCAAGAAUGUAUCCCCUCACCAGCUGCUGCUCGUGGUGCCAACACCACCCUCAGAUACGUUCCCAACUUCCCUCAAGGAUGCUGCCGCUGAUCCCCCCCACUGCCCGUGCACUCUGCAGAACUACCUUGUCACUCCCACCCCAUAGGCAACCUCUAAAACAUUAA